GACCGGCAAGAUGGCGAUGGGGAAAGGCUACCGAAUAUUUCACAAGGUUCCACCGGACCGUGAAACACCAUAUAGUGUUAUAAUGGAGAGCAAAUCAAAGGAUGAAAGCCUCAUGUUCGAGUCCGAUGCAGUGGUGGUCUUAUCCUCAGCAGAGAUGGACGCUAUCAGGAAGCAGUAUACCAAGGUGCUGGAUGCGUACGGUUGUCUGGGAGUCCUAGGCGUUAACUUAGGUCGAGAGAAGAUCAUGUACCUGGUGAUGGUGUCGGGUUAUCUCUCUGUGGGGAAGAUUGCAGAAUCAGAAGUGUUCAAGGUGACCAGUGUUCAGUUUGUGUCAUUACGCAAUGAGCCUACAGAUGAAGAGAGGAUUGUGGAGCUUCGCAAACUGCUGUCAUCUGGAACCUUCUACUUCUCCUGGUCUCAGACAGGCGCCCCCUGGGACCUCAGUCUGUGUGCACAGCGAAAACACCAGCAGGACACAGAGACGGACAACAGAUUCUUCUGGAACCGGAUGCUGCAUGUGCACCUGCAGAGGUACAGCAUAGACUGUGGUCAGUGGCUGCUGAAGAUCAUGUGUGGUGGGGUGGAGAUCCGCACCAUCUACGCAGCUCAUCGCCAGGCCAAGGCGUGUCUCAUCACUCGCCUCAGCUGUGAGAGGGCAGGCACUCGCUUCAAUGUGCGGGGAACCAAUGAUGACGGACAUGUGGCCAACUUCUGUGAAACUGAACAGGUGAUAUUUCUAGAUGAUCAAGUGAGCUCUUUCAUCCAGACGAGAGGAUCAGUGCCAUUGUUCUGGGAACAAACAGGAAUACAGGUUGGCUCUCACAAGAUCCACAUGUCACGUGGGUAUGAGGCGUCUGCUCCAUCCUACGACCGCCACCUGCAGAUGAUCAAGAAGCAGUAUGGCGAUCAGGUCCUUGUCAAUCUCCUGGGAUGCAAGGAAGGGGAGAAGAUGCUCAGUCAAGCUUAUCAGAACCACCACAAAGCCUCUGUGCACAGUCAGGACACACCCUACUAUGAGUUCGACUACCACUCGGAAGUCAGAGGCAAUCUUAAAAACCUGGAAAAGCUCAAGAGCAAAAUAAUCAAACAUGUUCACAACUUUGAGUUUUUCUACUUUGAGAAAUCAGGAAUCAAGAGACAGCAGACAGGGACCAUCCGGACCAACUGUGUGGACUGCCUGGACCGGACAAACUCUGUACAGACCAUGAUUGGGAUGGAUAUCCUUCCGAAGCAGAUUGAGAAUCUGGGACUCUCCAACAAACCACAGAUGCUGUCAAGGUUUCAGGAGGUGUACAAGCAGAUCUGGGGGCUCAACGGCGACCAUGUUAGCAAGAUCUAUGCUGGAACAGGGGCACUUGGUGGUGGCAGAUCUAAGUACUCAGACGCAGCUAGAUCGGCAACUCGGACCAUACAGAACAACUUCCUUGAUAACAGUAAACAGGAAGCCAUUGAUGUCCUGUUGCUAGGCAGCUCUUUAUAUGGAGAACUAGCAGACAAAGCCAGGUCACUGCUGAGUCCUCGAUGUCUUCAUGUUGCGCCAAGCAUCCUGUACAGCAUGGUGCAGAGAUACAAAGAGUACACCAAGCCCACUCCACUCAGGGUCGGUGUGGGAACCUGGAACGUCAAUGGAGGCAAGCAUUUCCGCAGUGUCGCGUUUAAACACCAGUCUGUCAGUGACUGGCUGUUGGAUGCACACAAGAAGGCAAAAGCAGGUACCUUGGAAGAUGAAUCAGUUGACUAUGAGAAGCCUGUGGACAUUUAUGCAAUAGGGUUUGAGGAAAUAGUAGACUUGAAUGCAAGCAACAUCAUGAGUGCAAGCACUUCAAAUGCCCGUGAGUGGCAGAGGGAUUUGCUGAAGACGGUAUCACGAGACAAUAAAUAUGUUCAGCUGACCCACAUACAGCUGGUGGGCGUGGUCCUCUAUGUCUUCAUCAGGCCACACCUUGCACCUUUCGUUAGAGACGUGGCUAUAGAGAAGGUGAAGACUGGUCUGGGGGGCGCUGCAGGCAACAAGGGAGGUGUGGCCAUACGUAUGUUGGUUCAUGGCACGUCAGUGUGCUUUGUGUGUGCUCAUCUAGCCGCAGGCCAAUCUCAGGUCAAUGAACGGAACGCUGACUAUGUGGAGAUUACGCGCAAGAUGAUGUUCCCAAUGGAUAUGUGUAUGGGCCGGACUAUCUCUAGUCACGACUACGUGUUCUGGUGCGGAGACUUCAACUACCGCAUCGACAUGGACAUAGAGCAGGUGAAGGACCUCGUCCGCAGUGAGAACUGGGCAGCCCUGCAGCACUAUGACCAACUUAAUGUACAACGGGCGGAGGGCAAGGGGUUUGCUGGAUUCAGUGAGGGGAAGACCAAUUUCGCACCUACCUACAAGUAUGAUCUGUUCAGUGAUGACUACGACACCAGUGAGAAGUCUCGCACACCAGCAUGGACAGACCGGGUGCUCUGGAGGCGUAAACACCUCCUACCAAGAGAGCAGGAGGAAGAUGACCCGAGCUGGAGUGAGGGGAAGUUGAUAUUGUAUGAUCGGGCGGAGUUGAAGACAUCAGAUCACAGGCCUGUGCUGGCCCUCCUGGACAUUGACGUGCUGGCAGUUGACGAGGCUUGCAAGGAGAAGGUGAUGCACGAAGUUGUUGCUCAACAGGGACCACCAGAUGGCACUGUCAUCGUGUCUCUGGCAUCGGGGGCAGAGUUUGAUGAUGAGAUUAUAGACCAAGUGGUCAGCACCUUCACUGAGAUUGGAGACGUCACAGUCGUCAGGUUUGUGGGCAGUGACAUGUGGAUCAUCUACAAGAGUGGGGACGCUGCCCUUGAGGCCCAGGCUCUGGACCAGCACCAGGUCAAUGGAGAGACUAUUCGAGUGAGAUUGUGCACUCCGGACUGGCGUGAUGUCAUUGAAAAGGAGCUGAAGAUGUGUGCACUCAACACGACAGCUCUCUACAAUCAGUUCUCCAACAGUCUGCUGGGAGAUGAUUUCAGCAUGCCUGCCAUGGACUAUGUCAUGGAUGAUGACGAGGGUGACUUGCUCACUGGAGAUGAUGCCACUUUGCCCACUCCCCUUGCGCCACGGUCCAGGAAUAGCAGUCCGUCAUCUUCAGGCCGCAACAGCCCCGCUGUACAGGAGGAAAUACCAACUGACAUCCCUGGAGGACCCCCUAGUGGACCUCCUGCAGGUCCGCCGAGUCGACCCCCAACAGCUCCCUCUCGCCCUGACAAGCCCCCACCCCGCCCCGCAGCUGGUCCCGGUGCUGGUGGGGCAGCUCCAGGUGGGGCGGCGCCAGGUGGGGCAGAAGCUCUCAUUGUUCCAGAGCCUGGGGCAAGACUUCGGAGUUCACCAUCGCCAGAGAUGCCUCGCAAACAGCCUCCACAGAGGCCCGGAGCCCCACCUGCGAAGCCUCCACCUCCACAGCGCCCCCUUGGAGGGCCACCUAAAGGGGCACCUGCUAAUCAAGCACCUCCAGGUUCCCCAGGGAGACAUGUGGGGAAAGAGGCCCCCAAGAUCCGCCAGCCCCUCCGCCCCCCACCCUCAGCCAAGCUGAAGGCCAAGAAGGGAGGUCCCCGUGCGAUCUCCUCUAUUGGUCUUCCCACCAACGUAACACAUCACACACAUGCCAGCAGUAUGGAAGAGGCACAGAAAUUGAUAAGUAACCUGAUGGGAGGUAACCAAGGAAACGCGAAUGCUAAUUUACCAGCGCCCAUGAUGCCAAGCACCACUCCUGCACCUGUUGGAGACAUGUCUUCCUCCGCUUCAGCUUUGGCUGCACCUACCCCAAUCCCUAGAAGUCGGACUGCCCAGGACAUGGCAGGUACCGACACCUCCUCCAGUAGUUCCAGCAGCCAGGCACCUCCCAAGCCAAUGCCAAGGUUCCGCAGUAUGGAGAACUUGUUGUCGGACAAAUCCGGCGGUGAGGUCACUACAGCCCCUGUUGCCCGACCCAGGCCAACUCCCAGAAAAGAUGUUCAGAGUGCCGUCAUUUCUCCAGCCUCAGACCCAGAUGAUCCCUUCAUAGUGAAACCACCGCAGCGACCACUGAGUGCAGUAGGGAGGCCACUGCCUCCUGUACCUAAUGGUCCACCACCAACAUUUGGAUCUCAGUCAGAAGAAACAUCUAGUCAUAGCAGUGGUCCACCAGUGCAAAGUCAUAACAUAUUAGAUGCUCCUUUGUUAGGUGACACCAGCAGUGAGCCUGACCCCUUUGAUACAAGUGCAAUACCCAAGUUUCUCACUCAUGACCCACCUCCUAUCCCUGUCCGACCUCCAGAUGCAUCAACAAGACCCUCAACGGCUGAUCCUCCGUGUCCAGACGUCAGUCCACCACCAACUCCUCCAGCCCUCGACACAUGUCCGUCUUACCCUGUUGGAGGCCCAGAGAGAAGUAAACCCUUCCAGUCCUCCUCCCCAACACCCCAGGGAGACUGUCCCCAGGAAUCCCCACCAGCUCCACCCAGCUGCCCUAUGGAACCACCCCCACCUCCACCCAGACUGGAUUCAUUUCCACCAGAUGUUGCCCCCCAGGAUUUAGAUAUGUCCGAAAGCUCAAAUAUGCCCCCUUCUAUACCUCCACCCAAUCUUCCCCUUCCCCCUAUCCCUGUCCGCCCUGGCCCCCAGAUGUUGCCCCACCCCUAUGACUGGUCCUCCCCCUGUACCCAGUCGUCCAGCUACAGUACCCCCAGUCCCACCCAGACAGUAGGUGACAGCCGGGUGGGUGAACAAGCAGACUACACACUGGACAUGAAGGACCCACUUAAAGUAGAUUUUGGCAUGCCAGAUGCUAGUCACAGAUCACUCAUGUAUAGUAUAAGAAGAUAG